GAAAAUUAUAGUCGCACUCGAACGAAGAUCAACAACUGACGAGGCCAGCUUGCAUGUUCCAGCGAACAGGUUGCCGUAGCACAACAACAUUCUUGUCACUACUUGGACGUGUGCGCGGGAUGUCGACAACUUCGUAUGAUUACAUCGUCCUUGGCGGCGGGUCCGGCGGGAUCUCGUCGGCCCGUCGCGCCGCAAGCUACGGUGCCAACGUGCUGGUGAUUGAGCGAGGACGCGAGCAAGGCGGAGCAGGGUUGGGAGGCACCUGCGUGAACGUUGGUUGCGUGCCAAAGAAGGUCAUGUACAACGCCGCCUUCCACGCCGAAAUUCUCCAUUCCGCCAAGGCGUACGCGUUCAAAGGGGUACAAGACGUCGGGUUUGGUUCGUUCGAUUGGGCCACCAUGAAAACGAAGCGCGACUCGUACGUGGCGCGGCUCCACGGCAUUUACGAGCGCAACUUGGCAAAGGACAACAUCACGCUUGUGUCUGGACGCGCGUCGUUCGUGGACAACCACACGAUCGCCGUGGAUGGCGCUACGUUCACUGCGCCGCACAUCCUCGUGGCCGUGGGUGGGGUGCCGCAGCUGCCGUCGAUUCCGGGCAUCGAACAUGCUAUCUCGUCGGAUGGGUUCUUUGGCUUGGAGACACAGCCGAAGAAGGUGGCGGUGAUCGGCGCAGGCUACAUCGCCGUGGAACUGGCUGGCAUAUUCAAUGCGUUGCAGUCGGAAACCGUCGUCUUUUGCCGCGGUCGCCAAGUGCUUCGCACAUUCGAUCCGUUGGUGCGGGACCUCGUCAACGACGAAAUGCGGCGAUCGGGCGUCCAGUUUGUACCCCACUCAGGCGUCCAGUCCAUCCGAAAGGAACCUGACGGUACGUUGACCAUCGAAGCGACCCUAACCACUGAAGAUGGACACUCCACGACCCACCACGCAUUCCGAGGCUUUGACGCGAUCGUGAUGGCCGUUGGACGCACGCCGCGAACGUCCGGAUUCAUGGAGCACACGACGAUUAUCCGAAACGAGAAAGGGUUCAUUGAAGUGGACGGGCAAGAAAACACUAGUGUGCCUGGGGUGUAUGCGAUUGGGGAUGUCACGAAUACCGGGUGGGAGCUCACGCCGGUGGCAAUUGCAGCUGGCCGUCGGUUGGCCGAUCGGUUGUUUGGCGGCGAGCCCGACGCGUGCCUCCACUACCACCAGAUUCCCACGGUCGUGUUCAGCCAUCCCCCCAUCGGCACCGUCGGGUACACUGAGCCGGACGCAGUCGCCAAGUUUGGCCCGUCCAACGUCAAAGUGUACACGUCGUCGUUCGUGAACCUGUUUUACUCGAUGUUGGCCCCUGAAAACAAGCCCAAGACUGCGAUGAAGUUGAUUUGCGUGGGCAAGGAAGAGACGGUCGUGGGUAUGCAUGUCGCGGGCAUGGGGGCAGACGAGAUGAUUCAGGGGUUCGGCGUCGCCGUCAAGAUGGGCGCGUACAAGUCGGACCUGGACAACAUCGUGGCCAUCCAUCCCACCGCGUCUGAAGAGUUUGUGACGAUGGCGCCGUGGGGAAAGAUCCAAGACCGCAUCACGUUGCCGUUUGGAACGGCGCGACCCCCGCCCACGAUGCUGGAAUAAUGAAGGGAUAUAUAUAUAUAUAUUGUGGUAUAUUCGAUACGAAUAAUUUCCAGACCCCGUCGAAUAAUCCAAUGAUCUCGCCGGUGAAUCGAAUCUUCACGAAUGAUCGACGCUAUUGGCUAAUCCAUUUUUGAGUGGAUUUGAUUGGCUCUUGCAGAAAGGA